CCUCUACUUUCUGCAUAGUUUUACUUUUCUGACACAGUCGUGACAGACGUUGGUUGGUAUAAAAAUCUGCUCACCUGUCCUCCUAGAGACUUACUUGUCAGUUAGAGUCGCUGAGUGAGCCAUGCCUCUCUGCAUCGCAACACUUCUCUUUGCCCUGCACUGUGUGUUGCCGACUUCAUGUGUGGCAAAUUGCGUGUAUAGGAGUGGUGGUAGCCUGGUGCAGGUUGAUGCAGGUGCUGGACUAGUGGUGGGAGUCGACAAAGACAACCAAGUCUUCACAAGGGUUGAGUCUAAAUGGAUACCGUUGCCAAGAAAAAUGAAGCAUGUCACCAUAGGACCUGCAGGACUCUGGGGAGUCACCGUAGAUAAUUACAUCUAUAAAAAUGUUGGGUGUUGCUGGAGCUGGGUACCGGAAUUGCGCUCAAAACAGAUCGAUGCAGGUGGAGACCAGUUUGUGGCAGGAGUCACUACUGGAGAUGCCCCCUACUGUCUUCCAAUGGAGAACACAGUUGGCUUCAAGUCCAGAACUAGUCCUUUGAACUGGAAAAACAUUCCUGGCCUCCUGAAGUACUACAGCUGUGGUCCUUAUAGCUGCUGGGGUGUUAACAGUGAUGAUAAAAUCUUUCUGAGGAAGGGGGUGAACUCCAGUAACUGUGAGGGGGACGGUUCCUGGCAGGAGGUUCCAGGAAGCCUGUCUAUGAUCGAGGUGGGAAGUGACGGAUCUGUCUACGGAGUGGAUUCUAGAGGAGUCGUGUACCGCAGGUUUGUCUUUACGAGCUCUUCUGUAUGGGAGAUUCUCAUUUGGCUUACACGUCUGCCUGUAAACCUGAAGGCAGCGGCUGGAUCCACAUUCCUCUCUACUCUGGCCAAGUUAAGCAUGUGUCCUACGAUUCCGGUCAUCUCUGGUUGGUCCUGA